UGAUCCUCUAAUUACCGUUUAAAUUCAUUGUUCUGGUCGUAGAUGAUUGCCCCUACCUUUAAAUCGUGUGAUUUAUUCGUUCAGUGUACUCCGUAGAUUAUAGUAUAAAAAUAAAGUACCACGAAAAAUUAAUUAGUAUUUUUGAAUUGUUUGUUAUUAGUAAUUUAAAAAAAAAAAGGUUUUAAAAUAUGAUACACGUAUCCACAUUUUCAAUUUGUUUACUUAUUGUUGUAUCUUCUUGCAAUGGACUGCGAAUACAGUCGAAAAAAACGAUGCCUACUCUGGAAAGACUACCAAGUAUUCCUUCAAACGAACUUGGCGAAGGACCACACUGGGAUGUACAAUGUCAAAGUUUGUUUUUUGUUGACAUAUUUGGGAAAUCUAUUCACAAAUACGUACCCGCUACUAAAAGGCACACCCAAGCAGAUAUUGGUAUAGACUUCGUGUCUUUUAUCAUCCCAAUCAGUGGUUAUAAAGACAAAUUUAUAAUAAGUAUUGGUAGACAACUGGCUGUUGUAACAUGGAACGGAGAAAGCAAAAAUGUGUCUAACUUAGAAUAUAUAGCUAAAAUAGAGAAUAAUACCGAAACACUUGAAAACAGCUUUAAUGAUGCCAAAUGUGAUCCAGUCGGACGACUAUGGGCAGGUACCAUGGGUGAAUUGCUUCCAGGCGGUGACAUCGCACCAGAAAAAGGUGCACUAUACAGAUAUGAUAAUGGAUAUCUUAAUAUGCAAGUAAAUAAAGUGGGUAUUUCUAAUGGUCUUGCUUGGAGGUCGGACGGAAAGAAAAUGUACUAUGUUGACACUCAAAAAGAAACAGUUGACCAAUUCGACUAUGAUAUUAUAACUGGAAAAAUAUCUAAUAGGAAGAUACUUUUUACUGUUAGAAAACACAACAUCCCAGGACGACCUGAUGGUAUGACCAUAGAUUCAGACAACAAUCUUUGGGUAGCCAUGUUUACCGGAGGCAGAAUCCUCAAAAUUUCUACACAAAAACCUGAGUCGCUUUUACAAGUCUAUCACAUUCCUGCCAAGCAGGUUACAUCCGUCACAUUUGGAGGACCAAAAUUACAAGAUCUCUAUGUAACUACUGGCAAAAUUUCCCUUCACGGCGAAGUACUCAAUCCUCCAGAAAAUGGUGGCACUUUCAGAAUUACUGGAUUAGGCAUUACAGGUACUCCAGGGGUUUCAGUUCGGUUGUAACUUUUGUUAUUAUUUUAAAACUUAUUUUAAAGUGAUUGACUGUAAGACUUAUUUUAAUAAUGGUAUUCUGAGACGUUUAUUUUGACAAUUAUAAUAAUAAAUGUGUUUUAUAAA